AUGGAACAGUCAGAAAAGCUUCUCUCGAAUGAGAUCCGACUGUUGAUCCUCCUGCCCGGCAUAUGGUCCGACCCAAUCCGUUGUAAAUGGCGUGUCGUCUCACUCAAUGGAAAGCCGGAAUACAAGGCCCUAUCCUAUGUAUGGGGCCGGUCGAAACACUCGCAACCUAUUUACUUAAAUGGUUCUCCAGUAUAUAUCACGAGACAUCUCCGACGUGCCCUACGGCAGCUACGCAGUGACAGCGAGGCUGUUUGCUUAUGGAUCGAUGCUGUCUGCAUAAAUCAAUCCGACGACGAAGAGAAGACAGAACAGGUGAAGAUGAUGGGAAAGAUCUACGCUCAAAGUCAAGAGGUGGUUGUUUAUCUGGGCGAUGCUUUCGCUCCGAGCUUUUCCCAAUCUUUUAACCACCCUUCCGACACGAGCGAUGCCAUAGCACAUACAAUCGCACCCCAUGAAUGCUAUUCUACGGCGGCUCUCGAUGAGAAAGAUACGGGCCUUGUCUGGCGGAGGCAGAUGAGUUACAAGGAUGGGAGCUACCUUUUCUGUUUCAUCCAACUUUUAGCCGACGGAGUUGACAUGAACAGCUUUAUGGCGGGCAAAGGUCAAGGCAGCUUAGACGAGGUCAUGGAAGCGUUAAGACUAUUUCUCUCCGCAGUCAAAUGGUGGAAGAGAGUCUGGGUUAUCCAAGAGGUGGUCAUCGCCACCAAGAUUAUGAUCUUGUAUGGCUCUAUGAUUGCUCCGUGGGAGAUGUUCGUUAAGGCCGCAAACCGCGUGCUUGGAAAUUCUCAGAUGCAGAUUUCCUCACUCGCAGUAAACGACACGAAAGUCCUUCUUGAAUUCUCUAGACGAAUCCUCAGCAUUGAGUCUAUCCGAGCUAGAUGGCAGAGUCCUGAACAGAUAACAUUGUUACAGCUCUUGCGCCAAUUCAGUGGUAGAGAGGCAACAGACCCCAGAGAUAAGGUCUAUGCUCUGCUUGGUCUUGCAAAGGACAAACCUUCUGUUGAGCCUAAUUACGCGGCCUCAGAGCGGGAUGUUUUCGUUGGCACCGCUCUCGAUAUUAUAUCCAGAUCGAAGAGUCUCGGUGUCUUGACGGGCGAUUUCACAAUGAAGAAUAAUCAUGCACUGCCCUCGUGGGUUCCCGAUUGGAGUUCACCCUUUGAGGCAUCAAUACAGAGCCGAGUAGAGAGUGUGAAACACUACACUGCAUGCAAGAACUCCACAAUAUAUGUGCAACUGGAGGAAUCGGAGGAAGUAUCAAGCGCAUAUCAGGACUGUUAUAUAGGACCAUUGAGGUACCGUGAAAUUAUUGAAAAGUGCUACGGGCCUUGGGGAGGGCAUAUGUGCUUGCGAGUGCAUGAACAAGGCCGUAUCUCUCUACCAGCCUUGAUCGUCGAUCGGAUUAUGGCUGUCGGAGAAACGAUGUGGUCGGAUGCAGUACUAACUUCGACAAUAAGCUCAUGGCUUGCGGUAAUUGCUGAAUACUCGUUCCUUUUCGAGAAUAUGAUGACCCGUGAUGACUUCGAGCGCACCAUAUCUUAUCGGAUGCUGGUUGGCGAGAGAAGUACCUGA